CUUUUUCAUAAACCCACUGUUUCUUAUCACAAUUUCAGGGCCAAACUGUGAAGUGUAUGCUUUAUAGCCUCUCAUCGCUCACACUUUUUUAAAUUUUAAUCGAUGUGUCAUUUGGUCGUCCAGUGUUCUUGCAUUAUUGCAUUUCUAUUUGUUAUAUUUUAGUUCUGCAUUCUGAAAAUGUGUUUCAUAAUAUGCAUAUAUAUAUGCAACAGUUUCAAGAGUUUCAAGAGAGUGCUUGUUUCUCAUAUUUGACAUCAUCCGUGUGGAUCUAAAAAGAUGGUAGGCUUCAGGGGCUCUCUAAUCCCUGCUGAUGUUACUAAGCUUGAUGUUAAUGUCAAUGAUAUUACUGCUAUUGAUGUUAACAUAGCCACAAUUUGUGCUAAUUCUGCCCCUAUAUUCCCUGCUGAUGUUACUAAUAUUGAUGCUAAUGCCAAUUAUGUUAGUGCUAUUGAUGUUAUUGCCAAUGAGGAUUUACUGAAACCUCUUGCUUACUUCUCUGUGUACCCUGUCCAGUUAGCAAUGGUGGAUAUUCAUGAACUUGAUGCUCGUGUAGCUAAGGUUGAUUCUGCUAUGGUAGAAUCUGGUAGACAAACAGUCUGUGAGGUUUCAAACAAUGGCCAUUCUAUUUCAGGUGAGGUAGCAGCUACUAAUACCAAUGGUAUUACUGGCGUGGUUACCAUUUAUCAGUCUGAUCCCCCCAUUUUCACUGAAGUUGCCUUUGGUUAUGAUACAAAUGAUGCACCCCUUGUUCCCAGAAAAGAUUCUGGUACAAAUGAAUUCAAUGCCACAACGGAUACCACUCCUGUUGGCCAUCUUUCUACUACCGCAGAUGCUGCCCGUGCUACCAUGAUUAUGAAUGAAACCCCGGUGGCCACCUGUAAUGAGGCGGUAGCCGUAGGUCAUGUUCAUCUGAUUGUAUUGAAUCCGGAUCAAAUAAACUCAUGCGCUUCUGCCUAUGAUAAAUUUGAGGCUAGAGCAGGACUUAAGUAUUUUAAUCCCCUGAUGGCCCCUUUACUGUCCAAUGAUGAUAUCAUAUCUGAGGACAACAAGGCUAAUUUGUAUUCCUUUUCAGGAGCAAUAGCUAAUCCUCUUGAGGGGGAUAACCACCUAGAUGGGUUCACGCAGGUCACAAACAGAAGAGGCAAACAUAAAAGGGAGUUCUCCUAACAUUGCUUUAAUAGAAAAUGUCUAAGCUAGAGAAUAAUUUAUUAACUUGAACUCAAGCAAUGUAAAUGCUAUCAGACAGGGUCGUUUUAAGUACCAACUUAAAAAAAUCAUUGUAUUUGAGAAAUAAAUAAAAACUCUCUUAAUAUCUUGUUUGCCACAGACAGGGUCAUUUUAAGUACCAACUUGGCCAUGUACGUGCUUUUGGGAUGCCUGCUGGAGGCUGCAGCAUUACCCCAAUGUUUCAGGUUACUCAUCGUUUAUGGGAUGAUUAUGCAACUUAGCUUUCGAAGAAGAUAUUUUUUUAAAAAAAAUUUAAUUAAACUUUUAAUCAUACUAAUGUUGCAAAUGUAAUUUGGUAUGACUGUGCAUUUUAUGUAUGAACUUACUUUAAAAACUCUUUUUAGGUUGACAUCAAAUGCAAAACUUUUAGCAUUUUUUUAAAAAACUCUAAAAAAGGCCUCUAUUUUCUUUAAAUUUGGUGAAAUGCAAAUUAAAAAGCUGUUGCAAAUUUGAGAUUAUAAAAAAAUCUAAAACUCUUGUGGCUUCACUUCAUAUAUAAUUUUCUAAACAAUAAUUGAUAUGGUGUUUUUCCUCUUAAUUAGCAAAAGUAAGGUGUCCAGUGUUUAUGGUCCGCUAUAGUUUUGAUUCGCAAUAGAACAUUUCUAGGAAACAGAUGUCUCAGAAAUUUGUCAAGUAAAUCAGGUAAUCAGCGCCUACCUCUGCGUCAUACCCGUAGCCCACACCUUUUCUCGAGUUUUAAUUAAUUUCCUUUCUUGUUCCUAGCUGCUAUGACCUCUUUGGUUGGCACAAAUUCAGCAUGCUAGAAGGGCAUGGGAUUAAAAGAUGGACAAUUCCGCAUUGAAUUUGAAUUCAGGUGAAUACAAGGAGAUUGCAAAAAAGGUCAUGUUUACCUAUGAGCACGUCGGCCAACCUGCCAAACUUUGUCAUCAUGUCAUGUACAAGACGACAAGAUGUCAUCGCCAUUUUUAGGAAGAUGUCUACACAUUUGUUUGCUCAUUAUUGCUUUUGGUUGGAUUUAAUGUUUGUACGUAGUACAUACGGAAAGAUG